GCAGCCACGUCUGAAAGCGCCUCAUUGUGUGCGCUCGGGCGCGCUGCACAGGGCAGCACCGAGGGUUGCUGGCCGGCGCGCGGGGAGUAGAGGGCGCGGGCCGCAGUGUCGGGCUCCGGAGGGAGCUCUGCGCCGCGUCCUUCCCUGUGGUAGCCCCAGAGCACCCCCAUCCUUAACAUCCCAUUCUGGGACUCCUGCCCUGUUCCCAGAUUCGCUCUGCCUGUAGUCUCCAGGAGCUUCCAGUGGAUUGGUCCCCCCCCAGCUCUCGUCCAUGCCUCUUAGAGCCCCUUUCCCGGCCUCACCGGGUAUCCCUUAAUAGUCUCGGGACCUUAAGGAGCAAGUCAGCUCCUGCGGACUCUCCCAGCGAAGAGAAAAAGCUGGCUGUGCGGUGGAACUUGGAAGAGACGACUUCUGGGAGCCUUUGCUGAGCCCAGGGAGGGAGGCGUCCCCCACCGUGCCGCUCCUGCUCGGGCAGAGCCGCCAAGCUUUGAGGUACUGAGGAACCUCUAAUCAUCUCCCAUGGAUUUGUGAUCAGCGUUGCAGCUCUCCCAGCAGCCCUGGACAGUGGCCCCCAGCAGUCAGCAUGUGGCUGCCGCGAGUCUCCAGCACAGCAGUGACCGCGCUCCUCCUGGCGCAGACCUUCCUCCUCCUCUUUCUGGUUUCCCGGCCAGGGCCCUCGUCCCCAGCAGGCGGCGAGGAGCGCGUGCAUGUGCUGGUGCUGUCCUCGUGGCGCUCGGGCUCGUCCUUCGUGGGCCAACUCUUCAGCCAGCACCCCGAUGUCUUCUACCUAAUGGAGCCCGCAUGGCACGUGUGGACCACUCUGUCGCAGGGCAGCGCCGCAACGCUGCACAUGGCUGUGCGCGACCUGGUGCGCUCCGUCUUCCUGUGCGACAUGGACGUGUUUGAUGCCUAUCUGCCUUGGCGCCGCAACCUGUCCGAUCUCUUCCAGUGGGCGGUGAGCCGUGCACUGUGCUCGCCACCCGCCUGCAGUGCCUUUCCCCGAGGCGCCAUCAGCAGCGAGGCAGUGUGCAAGCCACUGUGCGCGCGGCAGCCCUUCAGCCUGGCCCAGGAGGCCUGCCGCUCCUACAGCCACGUGGUGCUCAAGGAGGUGCGCUUCUUCAACCUGCAGGUGCUCUACCCGCUGCUCAGUGACCCCACGCUCAACCUGCGCAUCGUGCACCUGGUGCGCGACCCGCGGGCCGUGCUGCGCUCCCGGGAGCAGACAGCCAAGGCUCUGGCGCGUGACAACGGCAUCGUGCUGGGCACCAAUGGCACGUGGGUAGAGGCCGACCCUGGUCUGCGUGUGGUACGUGAGGUGUGCCGUAGCCACGUACGCAUCGCCGAGGCCGCCACACUCAAGCCGCCGCCCUUCCUGCGUGGCCGCUACCGCCUAGUGCGCUUCGAGGACCUUGUGCGCGAGCCGCUGGCAGAAAUCCGUGCGCUCUACGCCUUCACCGGGCUGAGUCUCACACCACAGCUGGAGGCCUGGAUCCAUAACAUCACCCACGGAUCUGGACCUGGUGCACGCCGCGAAGCCUUCAAGACUUCGUCCAGGAAUGCGCUCAACGUCUCCCAGGCCUGGCGCCACGCGCUGCCCUUUGCCAAGAUCCGCCGCGUGCAGGAACUGUGCGCUGGUGCCCUGCAGCUGCUGGGCUACCGGCCUGUGUACUCUGAGGACGAGCAGCGCAACCUCGCCCUUGAUCUGGUGCUGCCACGAGGCCUGAACGGCUUCACCUGGGCAUCGUCCACCUCCUCGCACCCCCGGCAUUAGUGGAGGCCACAGUUGUAGCGGGUGUCAGGUCCGGGAGGAGAGUGCACGGUGCAGAAGGGGCUGGGGCGCACGGAGAAGCAGGUCCCUAUAUUGACCAAGGAGUUCGUGGUACCCCCUUGAAGUAGGCAAGGACUGCACGUUUCUUUCUCUCUUGAUUCUUGGUUUUCCUGAGUCCUCUGGAGCUGCCUUCUCAUCAGGUUCACUCACCAUGGAAAGCAACUCUUGCCCCUACCUCCUCUGGGCACAGGGUAUGCGUUCAGAUGACUUGGCUCCUACUCAAGGGCUUUCUUCCCCUUUAACUCUCUCCUUCUGGGGACACAUCCUGCAGCAGCUGAGGGGGUGCCCUAGCACUGGCCGGGAGUGGAGAGGCACUGUGGUGGUAAGACUCCAAAGGUCUGUACAUCACAUACACAUGCACGCAUGCACACAUGGCAAAACUCAGAAGUGAAAGGACUUGUCCAAAAUCACAUGGUGAGAAGGAGGAUGAAGGGAGGAGAGAGCUUUUUCUCUGGGGCUCCAGUGGGGAGGAGAGGCCCUGCCUCCUGGGUGAGAAGGGUCAGAUUUUCCCAUUUUAAUUGCUUUCGGAAAGAGCAAACAGAGUCAUGGCCAGGGACACAGCUGAGAGAUUGUAGGGGCCAGCCCUGCUGGGUCUGUGGGUUUUUCUCCCCGUGUGCGGAGACGAGAGAUCGUAGAAAUAAAGGAUACAAGACAGAGAGAUGAAAGACAGCUGGGCCUGGGGACCACCACCACCAAGAUGCAGGGACUGGUAGUGGCCCUGAAUGCCUGGCUCUGCUGUUAUUUAUUGGAUACAAAGCUAAAGGGUAAAGAGUGUGAGUCAUCUCCAGUGAUUGAUGAGGUCACGUGAGUCACGUGUCCACCGGACAGGGGGCCCUUCCCUGUUAGGUAGCGGAGGUGGAGAGAGGACAGCUUACAUCAUUAUUUCUUCUCUGCUCUUUUCAGAAAGAUCAAAGACUUUAAUACUUUCACUAGUUUUGCUACUGCUAGCUAGAGGGCGGAUCCAGGUGUACAUGAAAGUGAAACAGGAGCGUGACCGCUGAAGCACAGCAUCACAGGGAGACGGUUAGGCCUCCGGAUAACUGUGGGCGGGCUUGACUGAUGUCUAGCUCUGACUACCACUAGACCAGGGUCCGCUUGGUGACGGGCGUCUUCCCAGACGCUGUUAUUACCGCUAGACCAAGGAGCCCUCUGGUGGCCCUCUCUGGGCAUGACAGAGGGCUCACACUCUUGUCUUCUGGUCACUUCUCACCGUGCCCCUUCAGCUCCUAUCUCUGUAUGGCCUGGAUUUUCCUAGGUUAUAAUUGUAGAGCAAGGAUUAUUAUAAUAUUGGAAUAAAAAGUAAUUGCUACAAACUCAUGAGUAAUGAUAUUCACAUAUAAUCAUAUCUAUGAUCUCUAUCUAGUAGAACUAUUCUCAUUUUAUAUAUUUUAUUAUACUGGAACAGCUCGUGCCCUCGGUCUCUUGCCUUGGCACCUGGGUGGUUUGCCACCCACAACAGA